CUAUACUUCACCCAGGAAGGUCUCUCAACAUGGAAGACAAGGAGAAAAUUACCUAGUGUCUCUCUCUAUCGUGCUAUUUUCCCACUAUUUUCCCUCAUGUUGGACCUCGAUAGAAUCCCGAUCCCCUCACUCGGCGGUUGUAGAAGGUGUGCGCGAAAGCUUCAAGCUCAAUUGAAGCUUUCGAUGCCGUUUUAAUGGCACUAUGAACCUAGACUCGCUAACUAAUGCUUUGUCUCAUAUUGGUCACUCGGUCGCCAGUUUGACAAAGAAAAACCUGAACUCUAGUAAGGAAGAGAUUCAGAAAGAGAAGGAGAGCGCCCCCAGCUCAAGCGGAGCCACCCUCUCGUGGUCGGCAGCGGGCAGUGCAGGCUGUGCACUCCUUGUGCAGCAUUUGUCUGCCACACUUCCCCCAACACAUUUCAUUGCCAGCCUUGCUUUUGCAGUUGCAAACCCCCCCAACCCAAGCAAGUAUAUAAAAAGCCAGUGGGUUGCUGGUGUGUGCAAAGUACUCAGGCUUACCAGGGUACAAGAAAUCAAACUCUGUUUACAUCUUCUACAAGGAACAAGUCUUGAAAUACGUAACCAGGCCACAACUGUACUGAAAGCUAAGCUCCCGGAACUCGUUCGGGCAUACGUUGAUACAGAUUCAGAAGACAAGGAACUCUUGGAGUUAUCCACUGAAUCUCUGCACUUGUUGCUAAUCCACAUCGUCCACCUGUGGCGAGACUCCCCAGCAGCUCUUCUACCUCAGGAGUCAAGACAAGCAUUUAUCUCGGCACUCCAGCAGGAGUUUCCUCGAUCUCGUGUGCCUGUCGUUCUUGCUCCCCUUCUUUAUCCAGAUACAGAUAUACUAAUGGAGAAGAUCACGCAAGAGCAGCCAGCCAACAUGGCCAAAAAUCUACUGGACGGGUCUCUGGCAGACUUAGUCCGUGAGUUAGGCUACAGCUUUUGUAGCACAGUGGAAGAAUGCAGAAGCAACCUGGGGAACUUCUGUGUGACCUCCAUAACACCAGCAGCUGUUGCAAAGGUCCUGGGUGUUAUGGUGCGCACUCACACAGGCCUGCCAUCAGAACAGAUUGGUCUUCAGAACCUCAAUUCCCCCAACUCGCUAUGGAGUGAUACGAAAGACAAGAGCUCAAAUAACCAAACACCCAGCUCGGGCAGCGAUGUAACCCUAGGUGGGUCAGGAAGCCUCUCGGGUCCUCACUGCUGGAAUGUGGAGGUGUUCAUCAAGGCGCUCCUAGAGGUGGUCCCCAGCAUCAAUGUGAAGGAGGUCUUCAACAAGUUGGACCACAAGGGCUUCCUAGUCAAAGACAGACAGGGUCUCAAAUUGCUUAUCACAGCGCUUCGGUGCCUUCUCCAGGGCCAGGGCUUGCGGCUUGAAUUGUUUCCUGUGGAAUGCUUCUACCAGCAAUGGAAGAACACCGAGGAACAGCUUAGUCUUAUCACGCAGAUCCUCAGAAAUCCUGAGAUAUUUUGUUUCACCGAUUUCCCUUGCCAUUUAGUGUCCACUGAUAGCUUGAAGACAUUGCCAGAGCUUGAUAAUAAAGAGGUGGCCACAUGGAAGUCAGUACAACUACUAGAUACUCUCCUUUACCUCGGGGAGAAUCACUACACGGCUGUGAAGGAGCUCUUCAAGUUUCCCAUCCAGCACUGUCCAGAUAUCCUUGUUCUUGGUUUAAUACAGGCCACUUUACCCUACACUAUUCUGCGGCAAGAUCUGAUUGCUUCUCUCAUUCCAAUAUUUUUGGGGAACCACCCCAAUGCAGCAAUAAUCCUUCAUCACGCAUGGCACACACAGAACAAUGCAACUACAGUCCGCCAGAUUAUCAUGCAUGCCAUGGCAGAGUGGUAUAUGAUGGUGGAAAAUGACCAGACAAGACUAAGCCGAAUUCUUGACGUCGCCCAAGAUCUGAAAGCCCUCUCACUACUCCUCAAUGCUCAGCCUUUCCCAUUUGUGAUAGAUUUGGCUUGUUUGGCCUACAGACGAGAGUUUCUGAAGCUGGAUAAGUGGCUGACAGACAAGAUCCGUGAGCAUGGAGAGGCAUUCAUCUCGGCAUGCGUCAAGUUCCUGCAGCGCCGGUGUCCUCACCUGGUGGGUGGCAAGGAGGAUGGGAUGCAGAAAUCUUCGCAGCUUCCUCCUGAAACCAUGGCCACCAUUCUUGUGUGUCUUAAUGCUUGUGCUUUAAAUGUGUCUCAAGAAUUGUCAGACACCAUUGUGACCAUGGUUCAACACUGCAACCUGAUGAACAGACCUCGAACGCAGCAAGGAGUGAUUGGCUUCCCUGGUCCAUCUCAGCAGACAAGUGAAGGCAGCCUGGGUGGCAUAGCCUCUAGCCUGAGCAGCCUGAACCUGGGUGGAGCAGGUGGCACAUCCUCCAUCUUCCCGACCUCUGGCUCAUCAUCCAUGAGUCUGGGUAGCUUGGGGUCACUGGGCACUGCACCAGGAUCCCCUGGGCGUCCCCUAGGGCCUUCUACUGCCCCUGGGACAUCGCAGUCUCCUCUCUCCUCCAUCCUGCCUGCUUUACAGCUGGGCCCCCCACAUGCAGCAGCUGUAGGCUCUCAGCUGCCCACCUUGCCCACCUCAUCUAUCAUCCCGUCAUCUCUGAGGUCACAUUCGGUGCAGCCCACCGUCAACCCCCCCAGCAGGCAGAUGGAUAUGUCCCAGAUCUUUGACAUGCCUCAAAUGGUGAGCAAAGAGGUUGAAGAUGAAGCCAAUAGUUACUUCCAGCGUAUCUACAAUCAUCCACCCCAUCCUACCCUCUCCAUUGAGGAGGUACUGGACAUGCUGAAGAAAUUCCAUGAAUCGACCAACAAGAGGGAAAGGGAGGUCUAUUCAUGUAUGCUCCGAAAUCUCUUCGAAGAGUAUCGCUUCUUCCCCACCUACCCAGACAAAGAACUUUUCACCACUGCCAGACUGUUUGGUGGCAUCAUUGAACAGGGUCUAGUCGAAUAUAUGGCCUUAGGUGUAGCACUCAGGUAUGUCAUGGAAGCUCUCCAGAAACCACAUGGAAGCAAGAUGUACUACUUUGGCAUUGUGGCACUGGACAGGUUUCGCAGUCGUUUGAAGGAAUACCCUCGCUAUUGUCAGCACCUUAUGGCUAUACAGCAUUUCAAUGAAUUUCCCCCACACCUUAUAGAGUACAUCAAGUAUGGAACACAGUCGCAAGAACCCCCUUCACGCCCAUCUGGUGUUGUGCUCCCCCCUUCCAUGAAUGUGUCUCCAAGCACCCCAGCCCCAGGCACGGCAGCAGUAGCUGUCACUGGCACUGUUGUCCAGCCGCCCACUGCUGCAGUGUCAGCUGUGGUGUCAUCCGUUGCCAAGACCCUUCAAUGUCUGUUCCGUCUGCACCAGUGGGAUCUGGGAAGCAACCAACAAUCACAACAACCAACAUUGAAACACUGUUAGUUGCCACAGAAAAAGAAGAAAAGAUUACUCCUCCACCUGAGCAUAUGCAAGAUAAAAUUGCCUUCAUUUUCAACAAUCUUUCUCAAGUAAACCUUCCUCAAAAGUGCGAAGAGCUGCGUGAAGUGGUCAGUGAGGAGUAUUGGAUUUGGGUUGCCCAGUACUUGGUGAUGAAGCGAGCCUCCAUUGAAAAUAACUUCCACACUCUUUAUUCCUUGUUUCUUGAUCAGCUGAAGAUGAACAAUUUCAAUGCAAUGGUUUGCAGGGAAACUUUAAGGAAUAUUAAGGUACUCCUAAGGGCUGAUAAGUCUGCGGCCAACUUUUCUGACAAGUCACUAUUGAAGAACCUUGGACAUUGGCUGGGCAUGUUGACCCUGGCCAAGAAUAAACCAAUCCUUCACUCGGACAUCGAUAUGAAGUCUUUGCUCGUUGAGUCUUACAAUAAAGGCUUGCAGGAGAUGCAGUAUGUGAUUCCAUUCGUAGCCAAGGUGAUGGAGUCAUGUGCAAAGAGUCGUGUAUUUAAGCCUCCUAACCCUUGGACCAUCGCCAUAAUGAAUGUGCUAGCAGAGCUCCACAAAGAACCUGACAUGAAGCUCCAUCUCAAAUUUGAAAUUGAAGUUCUGUGUAAUAGAUUGGAAAUUAAUUUGGAGGAUCUGAAACCAGCAAACAUCCUGAAUGACCGGGAGCGAAUUGCCCGCCUGAAACCCCAGCUGUCACAGCUGGUAGGAUCAAAACGGGCUGAAUCAACUCCACUUUUCCCAGCUCUGCAAGGAUUCUCGUCAUCGUCCAGUUUUAUGCACCCGAUGAAUACUGGCAGCCGAUGGGUAGCCAAUCCGAAUAUAAACCACGCACCGGGACAUGAAGUCAUCAAUCAAGCAAAGACAAGUUGGUCACAAAUGGGUCCAACAGGGCAGGUGGAGAUGCCCACCAGCACAGUCACCGUACAGAGCUCAUCUGUGGGUGCCACGCCAACCCCUCCAUCAGUGUUGCCACCUCAUCCCUCCUCUACCCCAACACCUAUCCAGCCUCAGCAACCUUCGGUCAAUGAGCCACGGUUUAUCUACUCUGAUAUCACCGUCACAUCCCUUCGGGGGCUCGAGCCUCACAUAUCUGUCUCAGUACCUCAGGUUGGUGGCAUUGCAACCAAUGCUCAAUUGAAACAGCUUGUGCGACAUGCUGUAGAAAUGGCAGUCCAGGAGAUUGUGACAGCAGUAUUGGAGCGCAGCAUCAAGAUUGCUAUCACCACAGCGGAGCACAUAAUCAAGAAAGACUUUGCUCUGGACCCAGAUGAGUCUCGGAUGCGAGUUGCAACUCACCACAUGGUUCGCAACUUGACAGCAGCAAUGGCAAUGAUAACUUGCAGAGAUUAUCUGGCUACAAAUAUUGCCAAGAGCAUCAAGCAGGGAUUGAUGCAGGCUUUUUCACGAACAAAUCAGCAACAGCUGCCACAACAGCUAGAGCAGAUGGAGCAGCUGGCUGCAGCCAUUGCUCAAGAGAAUGUUGGUAUAGCUUGUGCCUUUAUUCAGAAAACUGCUGCAGAGAAGGCUGUGAUUGAGAUGGAUAAGAGGCUGGCCCAGGAAUAUGAAGUGAGGAAAGCAGCAAGGACAGAGGGCCGCCGCUAUUGUGAUGCAGUGGCUCUGACAUACCAGGCAGAGCGGAUGCCAGAACCCAUCCGCCUGAAAGUGGGUGGUGUCACCCAACCUCAGAUGGCUGUGUAUGAAGAGUUUGCCCGCAACAUCCCUGGCUUCCUGCCCAUCACUGAUCAGGACACCAUGUUCCUGACCAAGCCUGUUCCUAUUAGCUCACAACAACAGCAGCAGCAACCCCCUCACUCACAACAGCAGGCCUUUGGAAGUGAUGAGACAACCGCAUUCCUGCUUCUGACGGAGCGCAUCAGUGCUGAGCUGGAACACACCAUCCAGGCCUUCACUACCCUGGCCCCCUCAUCCUCCCUCAUCCCGAUGCUGCACUCGCUCAGGGAAGGACUUCUGCUCACCCGUACCAACCGAGAUGCGCACACUGCUCAGCUGCUGCUCAGGAAGGCUGUGGAGAACCUCCUGGAGGGCGCACGAGAGCUGCCCACUGAACCAGAACUAAGCCAGCUUGCCCUCCGGUUCCGUGACUGCCACCUUAUUGUUUUGAAGGCCAUGGCUGAUCAUCGUUCCUAUGGAACCAACUGGACAUCGAAGAAUGUUACCAAAUGUUGGGCUGAAUCACGCGAAGAAUUGAAGUACAACUUGGAUGUUGUCGACUGGCUGAUCCGUUCCAAUUUGCUGAACAUGCAGUUGCUGGACGAACACCUUGCUAGAACUCUAGAUGAUCCAAGGCUUCCAUCCUACAUCCCUUCAUUUUUCAUCAUGCAGCUUGUUCAGAUUUACCUCGUUGACGACCCCAGCAACAGCUUCCUGAGUGAAUCAGACUUGCAGCUAACACUGGAAGCCCUAGUGCGCAUGUGCCACUCCCGGCAGGCCCCAGAAGGCCUUGUGCCCCUCAUUGAUGCAUUGCGACUGAAGCAUGAUUUACUGGCAAGCGAGCGGCUUGCAGGGGGCAGCAGCCUCAGCGGCACAAACAGUGCCCUGACUGCUGGGCCAAGUCUCCACUUCCAUUCGGGUGUGACGCAGGCAAGGGACUUCAGUGAUCCCCCAGCCUUGCAGGAGAAGACAGAGGUGUUGCUGCGGGAGUGGAUUCAGAUGUACCAUUCCCCAACAGCUGGCCAGGGGUCGGCCUCUGCCUUCCAGCACUUCGUGAAGCAGAUGAAUCUUCACGGAAUCCUCAAAACAGAUGAUCUCAUAACCAGGUUCUUUAGGAUCUGCAUAAGCAUGUGUCGUGACCUUUGUGUUCGAUCAAUUCUUGAGCAAGGCCAAGGACCAUCUCCUACCUACGUUCGCAGCAAAUGCUUCCAGAAUCUGGACGCCUUUGUACGUCUUAUUGCCUUAUUAGUCAAACACUCGGGGGAGGCAACAAACCCAACCACAAAGAUCAAUCUCCUGAAUAAGGUCUUAGGACUCGUGUGUGGCAUCAUGAUCCACGACAUUGAGUCAAACGGCACUGAGUUCCAGCAGCUUCCAUAUCACCGCAUUCUCAUCAUGCUUUUCCUUGAGCUCAACGCCCCUGAAGCGAUCCUAGAGUCCAUCAACCUUCCGGUAUGUGAAGUUCUGAUGGCCUUCACCCAAACUCUGCAUCUGCUUCGCCCGAGCAAGUGCCCAGGGUUUGCCUAUGCCUGGCUGGAGAUCGUGAGUCACCGCGUCUUCAUUGGCCGCAUGUUGGCCAUCACCCCCCAGCAGAAGGGUUGGUCCAUGUACUCCAUGCUGUUGGCUGAUCUCUUCAAAUUCCUGGCACCUUUCCUGCGCAAUGCAGAGCUCGCCAAGCCUCUGACAAUGCUCUAUAAGGGUACACUACGUGUGCUGCUAGUCCUGCUCCACGAUUUUCCGGAGUUCUUAUGUGAAUACCACUAUGGUUUCUGUGAUGUCAUCCCUCCAAACUGCAUCCAAAUGCGCAAUCUCAUCCUCUCGGCUUUCCCUCGAAACAUGAGGCUCCCCGAUCCCUUCACCCCCAAUCUGAAAGUGGACAUGUUGCCCGAGAUCACCGUCUCUCCCAAGAUCCCCACCAAUGUUGCCAGCCUCAUCCAGCCCCCAGAACUAAAGAAGAACUUGGACUCCUAUUUGAAGAACAGGACGCCUGUCACCUUUCUCUCAGACAUGCGGACGUUCUUGCAGGUCAACAAUGAACCAGGGAUGCGCUACAACAUGUCUGUGAUGAACGCUUUGGUGCUGUACGUUGGCAUGCAGGCUAUUGCUCAGAUCCAUAGCAAAGGCCUAACUCCAUCCAUGUCUACCAUUGCUCAUUCCGCCCACAUGGACAUAUUCCAGAAUCUUGGUGUUGAUUUAGACACAGAAGGUCGCUACUUGUUCCUGAAUGCCAUUGCCAACCAGCUGCGGUACCCCAACAGCCACACCCACUACUUCAGUUGCACACUUCUCCAUCUUUUUGCUGAAGCUAACACUGAAGCCAUCCAAGAGCAGAUCACAAGGGUGCUGCUGGAGCGACUAAUUGUCAAUCGUCCACACCCAUGGGGACUUCUCAUCACCUUCAUCGAGCUCAUCAAGAACCCAUCCUUCAAGUUCUGGAGCCACGAGUUUGUGAAGUGUGCUCCGGAGAUCGAGAAGCUAUUUGAGUCAGUGGCACGCUCCUGCAUGGUGCAGAAAGUCGCACCAAGAGGGGAUUCGGAGGCCUGAGUGCAGCCGUAGCACAGCCAGACAACACGGCUGGGCUCUAGCCGACGCCGUUCGUGGAGGCGACUGUCCAGGGAGUGAAGAGCAUGGACAUCGGAGGCUUUGGAAUACCUGUGGCAGAACUUUGCUCAUGUCAACCUUCAUGCACCAAAUGCAGAUAGAGAAAUAUGCAAUGGAGGAAAAAAGGACUUGGUAAAAAAAAAAUAAUAAUAUAUAUACAUAUAUUUGAAGAAGCAAGCAACUAGGAUUGUCUUGUUUGAUGAGGUGCCCAACAAGGAACAAACAAUAUUAAAAGGAGGAAGAAGAGAAGAAAAAAUAUAUAUAUGGUGCAGUAUUAGCAAUGUUUUGCUGAAUGAUAUGAAUGAUAUAUAUAUGUAAAGAUGUAUGUAGCUGAGAGAUUUGAAUAUGUGAUAAAACUACUUUACCUGAAUCCAUGUCAUGAAAAAAAA